AUUAGCCAACACGAAAGCCAAUUCUCAGAAGCUACGGAAAAACUGGGACUGACUGACGGAACCGGCCAAGCUCCCCCGCCGCGCAGAUAGAAAACAGCCAGGGCGCGGCGACGUACGACGUCGUCCAUGUCGGUGGGCAGCAAGUCGAAGUCGCUGCCGGCGCGGCGCGGCAACGAGGGACGUGAGAACGGAGACGGCGCCGUGGCGAGGGAGAAGGGCGACUUGGCCGCGGGCGGCAGCGUCGGUAGCAGGAGCAGGAAGCAGAAGGCGGCGGCGCGGCGGUACGACCGCUCCUCCUCGGGGCUGGAGUUCAGCAUCGGGCGUGGGCCUUUGAAGAACGUGGAUGCCGGGAGGCUCAAGGGCCAGAUCAAGAGGUGGGCGAAGGCCGUCGUGGCCUUCGCGCGCCAGAUCAGCUUCGGCUCGCCGAGGUCCGUGCCCACGCCACGCAGCGGCCACGGCCAGGACACGCCGCGAUCGGCCCCGUUGCUGGCGUCCAGUUCCUCCAGCCGCCUCGGUGCCGGUGGCGCCAAGGAAGGAGCCUCCGACGUCAGUGCUUGAUGUAUAAGAAUUUCUUCGCCUACGACCUGUACAGGACUACGAGUACGAAUUUACAAUAGCAUUAGAUUCUAAUUAUUGUUUCUUUUUUUUCAUUUUUCUUCGCAAACAAAAGAGUCUGUUUCGUUCUCGCCUAGAUGCAGAGUACAAAUGCACGCUACGACAGUACGACGUAGCAUGAGGGUUUGUUUUAUUCUUUCUUUUUUUCCUUUUCGGAAAACAAAAAAAAUGUUUACUCUUCUCC